AUGUCCUCUUCCCAGAAUAAUCAAUCGACGAUUUAUAUUUCAAGUAGUUUACUCAUUUCUCUUAUCCAAAUACCAAUUCUUUCAUUGACGAUUGUUCUUGCUAUUGCUUAUAUUCUACUUUUACUUAUUCGACCAGCGUUCCGUCAUAAUAAACUUAACUGGUUUACGAUUAAUGUAUGUCUGACAAGUACAUGUAUAUCUACUUAUUUCCUUGCAAUAAAUAUUCAGCUCGUCCUCAGCAUUUCAAGUUCGCUUUCCAUUCGUCUUCAAUUCUUUUUACAAUAUAUGGGUAUAUCGCAAGUAACAUAUUCACAUUGCGCAAUUGCCUGUAGUAGACUUUUAACUGUUGUUUAUGCAAAUAAACGCAUUUUUCAAUCCAAUGUAUGCAUAUGUUGUUGUGUCAUUUGUGGAUGGAUUCUUGCCGUGGUCCUUACCAUGCCACUUUUAUUUCAAGAUAUUCUUAUAUUUUAUUCAAAUUCGUUAGCAACCAAUUUUUGGUCGUAUUAUUAUAUUGUCAUUACAUUGUUCUUACCACUUGUUAUUGUUACUGCAUGCAAUACUCGAACAUUACUCUUCAUACGAAGUUCAACUCGUCGAAUACAUGCGAUGGGUGCGGAUGGUCAAGGAAAUCAAAAUCGUGAUGGUCUUCUUAUUAAAACAAUGGUUGGUAAUUUUAUCGUGUUUCUAGGAGGAUGGUCUCCUCCUAUGAUAAUACAGCUAUUCAAUAAAACUAAUUAUAUUCCUGUAUCUCUGAAUAUAUAUUUUCAAACGGUUGCAGUGCUCACUUUAUUCCAGAGUGUGGUGUUAUUAAUAGUUACUAACCAACCGGUACGAACUUUUUUGAAACAAAUCGUUGUGGGGCAACCACGAGUUGUAAAUGCAAAUAGAACACAGAUUAAACGACAAACAAUUAUAGCUCCUCAUUAA